AUGAGGAACCGAAUUCCGGCACUACUCGAAGGGACCGGCAGCGUCCGCCUUGAGAGGUCUUCGCAUACCUUGACUCCACCGCAUAUGAUGCAGCUGGCAACGUCGACAAUCAAACAAGAAUUUUCCAUUAAUGACAGUUUUGGAGGUCCUUUACUAUGGGAUCGACAACACUCAGCUGAGGAAUUUCAUACAGCCGUCGCUGUUAUGGCUUCUCCACCUACUGACAACAGUGACCUCAGCGACAACUGCGAAGGAAAGGUCUUAUUUGGUUCUCCGCCUGUAACACCAGGUCCGAUUUCGAAUUUCGGCAGUGGAAGUGGGGCAUCGCAUUCGGAGUAUCUGCAGCAAUUUGACGAUACAAACAAUGUAAAUCCCGAGCAAAGAUAUUGCGAAAAGCGUUUCAGUGAGUACACAUUGCCCUUUAUUCAACCAUUUUCUGCUCCCUCUUCACUAAACAAUUGGUCUGAUCACCACGUAGUCUUAAAACACCAAAUGUUGUGGCGCAAUCGUGGUCUUGGAGUGUAA